AUUUUAAAUGAUUAAUUCGUUAAAAAUAAAAGUCAAAAAUUAAUUGAAAUGGAGUACAGCUCAUCAUCAGAACACUCCGAUAAAGACCGCGAAAAAGACAAAGAGGUUUUCAAAAAAGAUAGAAAGUACGAUUUCGAUAAAUUUCAAAAAACCAAAUGGGUCACCGGCGAAAUGGGGCCUUAUUUCAAAAGGGAUUUAUUUUUGCUCGUUCACGCUCGAGCGACAAUUCUUUACGUAGCUUUCGUCGUUUGUUUGACCGUUGCUGCCCUGGGCAUGGUUGACGACAAAAUGUUUUUUAUGAGUCAAUCGCUUCGCGAUCACCUCAAAGAACAAGCCGGCCAUGAAAGUCCGACUUUAGAAGAAACUUCCACAGUCAAAUUUGAAGAUAUUACGACCAUCGAAAAGAUGUGGGAUUUCAUUCGAAACCAUUUGAUAAAGUAUUUGCACGCUCAACAAUUUCCGGGAACUUUGCGACCUUUAGAACCAGAAGAUGAUAAUAUAACCGAUAACGACACGGAAGAUGCAAUUAUUGAUGAAGUCGAAGAAAUAGAGUUAUCUACAUUGGAAUCUGGAUCUUCAGAUGAACCACCAAAACGGAAAAGACAAGCUGAUGACACUGCUACAUCUGGGAAUUCGACAGGAAAUGAGAAUGACACGUUAGAUGAAGACUACGUCGAUGAAGAAUUUUUAUUUGAUAGAGGAUUAGGUCAUGAAAAUAUUUUAGUGGGCCCAGCUGUAAUUCGUGCUGUAAUGGUUACCGAUUAUGAGUGUACUAAACCGUUUGCGUCAGUGUUUAUAAGAUGUUACCCACCUUACAGUUCUGCGUAUAGGAAAGAGGACACUUCAGAAAGUUACACUUUUCAUCAUCCGGAACAAACGUUAGCCGAACCGUUUACCGGCAGAGUUUCUGUAUACGAUGGUGGUGGUUAUCAAGAAAAAUUAGGCACUACUUAUGAGGAGAGUAGAAAUAUUACAAGGCGACUUAAAAAUCAGAGAUAUAUCUUAAAAGGAACUCGAGCGGUGUUUAUCGACGCUGCUUAUUACAACCCUAGUAUUAAUUUAUUUUGCUCUGUCAAAUUUCUUUUUGAAUUACCCGCCGGUGGGGGUGUUGUACCUUCAGCCUACUUUUACACAUUGAAAUUAACUCGAGUGAGCAUGCGAGAUUACAUCAACGCCGGCUUUCAAAUUGUAUUUCUGAUCUUCAUUUUAUUUUUUAUCCUUGAAGCUUUUCGAAGCAUGUGUUUUGUCAAAUUGGAGUAUUUUCGUUCGUUUUGGAAUAUAAUAAACAUCGUUAUAUUUAUUGCUUGUAUUAAAUAUUUUUAUUAUUUUUUUACUCAAAUGGUGGCGAUGCACGAAGUGAUUCAAGCGAUGAAAAAAGAUAGGAGUGAAUAUAUUAGCUUUCAAACAAUUACCAGAUAUGAGAUUUCUAUGCGUAAUUAUUUGGCGGUGGUGAUCUUUUUGGUUUAUUUCAAGAUUUUUAAAUAUCUCAGUUUUAAUUUUACCAUGACUAUUUUGAACAAAACGAUUGAAAAGUGUUUAGAGGAUGUUUUUGCAUUUGCCUUAAUGUUCUUCGUAAUGUUUAUGGCUUUCGCGUUAUUUGGCUCUUUAUGUUUUGGAAAUCAAAUUGUUCAUUUUUCUACGAUACCUUUGGCGAUGUUUACUUUGUUACGAACGAUGUUGGGCGAUUUUGAUUACAACGAAUUUGAAGACGCCGAUAGAUAUGUUGCACAACUUUAUUACCUUCUUUAUAUAUUUUCAGUUUUUCUUAUUUUAUUAAAUUUGUUUUUGGCUAUUAUUAACGACACCUACAGCGAUGCUAAAACUGAAUUAACAACAUCAGCCCCUGAAAGAAGAGUUGCUGAUUAUUGGAAAACUGGUUUAUAUAAUAUAAUGGUUGGAAUAGGUUGUAAAAGAAUUGCUCCAAAAGCUUUAGUCGCGGGGGGUCGCGUAAAUCCUUCGGCUAAAGAAGUUCGCGCAGCUUUAAAACGAAUUGGUUAUUCAGAAUUGGACAUUGAUUUAUUUUUGGGUCGUUACAAUAUCGACCCUGAUUCUCAAGUUCGCGUUAAAGAUGUUUCAAAACUGCUUGCUCAUUUAAAAGCUAACGUUCCUAAUAGGUAUUUGCCGAAAAUUCACCCUUCUAAAGACGUAAAUCCACCGGCGAUUGUGGCUUUGGAUGAUUUCUCCGAGCAACAAAGUCGCUUGGUUUUAAUUGAGAAUAUGAUGCUGAAGUUGGGUGAUAAAUUAGAUGCGCUUUUAGAAAGAUUGGGAACGAUUAAGGAUCCAGAUAAGGCAACCUCAAGUGAAUCAACUAUGUAGAGUCGUUGUUUUGAUUAGUUUUUUGAUUAGUAGUCUUGAAUUUAACUCUUUAAUUAAAUUUAUUACAAUUUUA